ACUGCACCUAUUGGAUUAGCUAUAAAUGCCAGGUCGUUCCAUCAGUCACCUCAAUGGCCCCAGCCCUCAUCAUGAAGUCCGGGAGCCCCUUCUUCUUCCUGGCAUUCCUUGCCCUUAUGUUCCUGACAUCUUCCGGGAGCCCGAAUGCUGCCAAAAUAGGUAAAGUGAGGGCAGGGAGCUGCCCCCUAGACAAUGUUCGCUGUUUUAAGGCAGAUCCUCCACAGUGCAACUAUGAUAAGCAGUGCCCUCGAGGGCAGAAAUGCUGUUAUUAUCAUUGUGGUUUCAAGUGUGUGGAGCCCAGCGGAACAAAGGACCCAGGGACCAAGAAAGCAGGGAGUUGCCCUGACGAUCCCUUCCGCUGUAUUCGAGGAGAGCCCAGUGAGUGUGUGGGAGAUGAGCAGUGCCCCCAGAAUCAGAAAUGCUGUUAUUAUCACUGUGGCUUCAAGUGUGUGCACCCCAAGGAGACUAACAACAAAGCAAAGGCAGGGCAGUGUCCACCUAAGACGAACUUGUGUCUGACCCCAAACCAGUGUGAAGAUGAUGGGCACUGUCUGGGUAACAUGAAGUGCUGUGAGGGCAUGUGUGGGAAGGUCUGCACAGUUCCAGUAACAGACUGAUUUCUGCCCUUGAGAUGAAGUCAGACUCCGUAGACCCAGACUCCAUGAAGACAAUGUUCUCUGCCAUCAGGACUCUCUCCAGGAAGUGGGGGAGUAUCUCUCAUAUCCAGGGCUUGUCACCAAUAACUUCUAGAGAUUGAAAGGCCCUAUCUUCUUCUCUGUAUUCCUUUCAGCCUGAGUACAGAGCUUAGCAUAUAGUAUACACUCAGUAAAUCACCUUUGGGGUAACCCGCACCCCAAGCUUUAGUGCAGUAUGAAACACUGGCCCUAUGGGGCGGGGGUUGGGGUGGGCUAUCGGUUGUUCUGGUGUUACAUGGGCCACUUCGCUGUGACCACGUGGUGUCUGGUUUGUGGUUUCUAUACAUUUGCUCAUGAUAGGCAUGAAAAUAUAUUUGCUUACUAGGAUUUUCUACCUGUGAUUGCCAUCCUUCCUCUGGUGAAUGUGAAUGAAUUGAUAUUGCUUGCUGGAGGAGACAUGCAUGCAUCCACACAUUUAUGCACAUAUAUGAUAGCAACCAAUUAAUAUUAAUUAAUAUUCAUAAUUGAGUCCUUUUUCUCCAUGUUAGAAUCUUUGCAUCCCUAUUUCUCAUAGAAUCUGAGUUAGCAUUCACAUGUAUAAUCCUCAGGGGAAAAGCUAGAAGCACCUCCAACCUAAGGCCUUCACUCCUCAUUGUUUUUGUUGUUGUUGUUGUUUUUUUGGCUAGGCAAUGGGGUUAAGUGACUUUCCCAGGGUCACAAUUGUUAU